AGUGGAAUCGCGCGGGAAGUGCGGGGGCUGCGGCGUGCGUGGAGGCUGCCCCUUGGCAAUGGGGGCUGGAGCAUCUUCUUAUGGCUGACCAGCUCUGCUCUUCGUCGUGUUCAUACGUGAUAGAAGCUACAAACGGGGACGGGGCUCCACAACACGUUUGCUCAACACGUGUCAUCUGCUGUCACCAAUGGAGAAACUGGGGAAAAGGAUAAAAACAUGAGUGCAGCAGGGAAGAGGUUCAAGAAAACCCACCUCACAGCCCAUGACUGUGAAGCUCUCGCCCGGAGCGCAGAAGGUUCGUCCUCCCUGACGCAGCCGUUGAGUCAAAGCCGAAGCAGAGGGGAUGUAAACAGGGGCCUCCAUCCCAGCCACCGGACACGGAGACGUCGAGGAGGCCAAGGUCAGCUCAGCAUCACUGAUUACUUCACAGUCCCUCGGACACAACAAGUAGGUGCUGGUGGGACAAAGGACAGUGGAAUCAAAGAAGAGCUACUGGAUCCCACCUUCACUGAUGAUUCCUUCAGCAAUGACUCUGAUUUUCUGGAGGAUGAGGACUUUAUACCAACUCCCAAGGAAAGCUCCAGGAAACAACCUCUGUCCACUGCAGGUGCCCUCAAGCAAGAGCAUGAUUUGUGGGGUGAGCCUGAGGAGAAGCCCAUGGUGGUUCAUCCAGAACACAGCCGGAUCAAGCAGGAACUUGAUGAUAUGGAAAUUGAACCAGUCCCUGAUGCACACUUUGGACUCCUGGGGACUCGGAACUGGGAAGUGCCUCAGGGAAGUAUUGAUAUGCUGCCUGUUGAAGUCCUUAGGAACAUCUUUGCUUUCCUACCAGUGAUUGAUCUGUAUCAGAACCUGAGCCUGGUGUGUCACUGCUGGAGGGACAUAGUCAGUGAUCCACUGUUCAUACCCUGGAAGAAGCUGUACCAUCAGUACCUAAAGAAGGAGGCCACGGCCCUGCGCAGCAUCGAACAGGUCAUGCAGGAUUUUGCCAUAACAAAGGAGCAGGAAGGAUGCGUGUUUGGGCUGGUCAGGUGUGUGUCUGCCAUACCCACCAGGCGGAAGGUAGAUCCCAGUGCGGUUCUCCAGUGUUUGAAGAGUCAUCACCUCUUCUCAAAGGCUGAAGUCUGUGUUGUCAACAAUCUGCCACAUUUACAGAGCAGGGCUGGGCCUGAGAGCACAUGGGCCAUCAUUGCAGUCAUGGUGCUUUUCUCCGACGGUGUCAGCGACAUCCAGAAGCUGAUAAGAUGUCUGCAGAGACCCUGCUCUACCGUCUCUGUUGUGGAUGUGACCGAGACACUUUACUGCAUGGCAACGCUGCUGUGUGCAAUGAGAAACAAGAACAUCGUGAUCACGAACAGGAUCCAUUACAACAUUUUCUACUGCUUGUACCUGAUGGAAAAUGCUUCUGUGACGAUGCAGACAGUAGAAGAGGAUGCAGUGGCUUCGUGCUGCAGACAAGACUUACGGUCUGGCCGGCCUGAAGUAAAGCUGACCCAUGAACAGCAAAGGAUUCUGAAUCACAAAAUUGAGUGUGGUCAAGUAGUGAAGAUUAUGGCAUUUGCAGGUUCAGGGAAGACCUCGACCUUGGUCAAGUAUGCGGAGAAGUUUGCGGAUCUGCGGUUCCUUUACGUGGCAUUUAACAAAGCAGUUGCAGAGAGGGGGAAACGUGUCUUCCCCAGGAACGUUACGUGCAGGACUUUCCACUCGUUGGCAUAUGGAAGUGUUGGCAAACACUAUAAGGAAAAAGGCAAGCUGAACUUCUCCAAGAUGUCAGCUUACUCCAUCAGUUUCCUUCUCCAGAACCACAAGGGCCAAUCUCUGUAUGUAAGAGGGAAAACGGUCUCCCAAACCCUGGAAAGCUUUUUUGCCUCUUCAGAUGAAGAGAUCUGUGAAGAACACGUUCCUCAUUGGUUCAGAAAUACUCAUGGCCAGACACAACCUGUCAGUCCAGCAGAAAAGGAAAUCAAUGUCAAAGAGGCCAAAGAGAUAUGGCACAACAUGAAGAAGCUGGAUGGAGAUGCAGAGAAGAAAUACAAGAUGACAUGUGAUGGGUAUUUGAAGCUCUGGCAGCUCAGCAAGCCUCAGCUCUCAGGGUAUGAUGCCAUUUUUGUGGAUGAAGCACAGGACUGCACUCCAGCCAUCGUGGAUAUUGUGCUGUCACAGAGAUGUGGCAUAAUCCUUGUGGGAGACCCUCACCAGCAGAUUUAUACCUUCCGAGGUGCUGUCAAUACCCUCUACUCAGUGCCUCACACCCAUGUCUACUACCUCACCCAGAGUUUCAGAUUUGGGCCUGAAAUAGCUUACGUUGGAGCAACCAUUCUGGAUGUCUGCAAGAGGAUCAGGAGUAAGACGCUGGUGGGUGGAAACCAAAAGGGUGAUGUGCGAGGCAGCACGGAAGGGAUGAUAACGUUCUUGUCACGAAGCAAUUUCAACGUGUUUGAGGAUGCUGUGACACUUACUGGGGAAGACAGACCAGUUAAAAUACACGUGAUUGGGGGGCUUGACCGUUUUGGCCUGAGCAAAAUCUGUGAUAUUUGGAAGCUCAGUCAGCCUGCGGAUGAACGGAGAAAAUCCAACCUGGUAAUAAAUGACUCCUUCAUCAAGAAAUGGGAAGAGACUCAGGGCUUCAUUGGUUUAAAGGAAUAUGCAAAGCACGUUGAUGACAAAGAGCUGCAAGUGAAGAUUGACAUAGUGGAGAAAUACAGAGAGCGCAUCCCUGUGCUGGUGCGGCAGAUUGAGAGCAGCCACGUGCCACACGAAGCCAUGGCAGAUUACCUCAUAGGGACUGUCCAUCAAGCCAAAGGCCUGGAGUUUGACACAGUGCUGCUUGCAGAUGACUUUGUGCAUGUUCCAGCUCUCCAUGGGAAUUACCAGAUUAGAACUGAUGUCAUUAUUGGUUUGUACCCUGAGGAUGAAUGGAACCUGCUCUAUGUAGCAGUGACACGCGCAAAGAAGUAUUUGCUCAUGUCAGAGUCCCUGGAACACCUUUUAGCACUGGCUGGGGAGCGUUUCCUUCGGGUGGAGCUGAUGAGUGAGGCUGGGAAGGAUGGAGCUGCUGUCACUUGUUGUGUGCCACAGUGUGCAGCUCCAGUGCAGUCCAGCUCCGGGCUGGUUGUGAAGAAGCUCCCUUUGACUCACAGCAACCAGAGCAGGGAUGCGGGUGGUUACCUCUGCCGCUCUUGCACACAGCAGCGCUUUGGCUCCCUGACACCACUCAUCUUCUCCCCAGCACUUCAGGAACAGCCCAUCCAGCUCUAACAAAGCCCUCCAGCUCCCCAAAGCUGCCCUGGGUGCAGGACAAGGCCUGUUGUCACAUCCCAGCUCCAGAAUCGGGUGGAUGUUGGAGCAGGAUUUCAGACCAGCUCUGAGAGGAAGCCUCUGGGUUCUCUGCAGGCAGAUGUGAGCCCUUUUCUCCAGCCCCACUUUGUCCUCCAAAGCUGGUCAGCGUGGGCUGCUCUGCACAGAAGAACAUGCACUAUGUGUCAGACCAGGUGGGGUUUGGGUUCUUUUGAGCAUUACCCCUCUGUUGCCUCUGUCCCAAGGAAAACCCCUCCAGUGACUAAACUGCCAGGAUCCUCCUGUCUACUCCAUCCUGUCAAUGCCCCAGUGAAAUCCCUUGAUCCACUGAAAGAAGAGGAAAUACCAGGACGUACUCAAAGGAACACUUUACUCUGAGAAAACGAAUGUUUCACUGUUGGCUCUGGGAAAAGGUCAUUAAAUCUCUCCCAGCUGAAUUAGGUAGCCAAGGGAUUCCCCAGGCUGUUUCCCUUCUCCCUAGGGGAAACCAUAAGGGAAGAAGAGAGGCAGCACCUGAGCGACUGCUUUGAUUUGGUUUCAGUCUAAUUCAGAGAGAGUUUUAAACCUGAAAUUAAGGUUGUAACAAAUAAAAAAAGCCUUCAUGCUUUC